AUGGCAGCAGCCCCAGGCCCCGCGUGGACCUUCGAGGCCCUCCCGGACAUCUUCGAGAACUACGGCGCCGCCUCCUACGACGGCCACUACACCUCCAAGUUCAACAAGGUCGCCACGCAGCCUCGCCUGGCCCUCCUGCCUCGUGAGUACCCGACCGACGACCCGUCCGCCGCCGACCAGAGGGACUGGACGCGCCUCGCCGCCUACGUGAGGUCGCUCAACGCGCAGGCCCCCGCCAAUGUGCGCUAUAAGGUGCUCUACCUCACCCGCCACGGGCUGGGCUACCACAACCAGAAGCACACCGAAGUCGGUACCCGGGAGUGGGAAGAGAAAUGGGCACUCAAGGACGGCGACGGCGUAAACACCUGGUUCGACUCCUUCCUCACCCCCGCCGGCGAGCAGCAGGCCAGGGACCUGAGCAAGCUGUGGGAGACGCUCACCACGGAGGACAACGUCCCCUUCCCGCAGUCCUUCUACACCAGCCCCAUGGCCCGGUGCCUGCAGACCACCGAGCUCGCCUUCGCCCCUCUCCGCCCUCCCUUCCGCGCCACCGUCAAGGAGGCGCUCCGGGAGCGGUACACCAUGCACACGUGCGACAAGCGCCGCCCGCGCUCCUGGGUCGAGGCCAAUUGGGGGCCCAAGGGGUAUCUCGUUGAGCGGGAGGGUUUCCCCGAGGAGGACCAGAUGCGGGCGCUGGGCAGGCCGGAGACGGAUGAGGAGCACACCGCCAGGAAGCAGAGGGCGCUCGAGGACAUUUUCGAGGCCGACGAGGGGGAGUUCAUCUCGCUCAGCAUCCACUCCAUUGCCAUCCGGGCUGUUCAGGCGGCGUGUAAGGCUGAUGUGUUCCGGGUUCGGGAGGGGUCGUCGAUUGCCAUGUUGGUGAAAGGUGAGAAGCAGGUUAAUGGUGAGAAGCUAUAG